AUUCAAAUAUAUAAAAAUUUUAAAACCUUUUUUUUAAACCAGAUAUAGAGGGUUCCAUAUAGAUUAUUCAAAGUUUUCUUAAACAGUUCUAUUUUUAUAAAAUAUAAUACCAUCAUUCAAACAAAACAUAAUUAACCAACUUUAAAAAAAACACUUUCACACACACACACACACAUUAAAAAAUUUUCAACAAAUACAAUCAAAAUUAUUUUUUACUAAAUAAUAACCUCGCACACUCACAUAAUUAUAAUAUUAAAUCACACACAUUUAACACACAAUAACAAAACACGGAAUCAAAAUUUAAUUGAUUUGAUUUAUAAUAAUAAUCAUAAAGAAUUUUUUAUAGUGUUUUGUAAAUAUUAUUUUGUAAAUUAUUUAUUUUGUAAAUAUCUAUAGACAACAAAACAAACAUAAAAAAUGUCCUCAACUUUAUUAGAAUAUAUUAAAACCAUAAUUCCAAAUAAAGAAUAUAAUGAAAAAGAUAAAGAAUUAUUAUUAGAAAUAUUAACAUUAAUAAUUUGUAAAUUGGUAAAAGUUGGCGAUGAAACUUUAAAAAUUAAUGGUAAAAACUCACACGAACAAUUUAUGCCACCAAAUAAAAAGUUACCAGCCAUUAGUAUUAGGGAUUACCUUACAAGAUUAAUGAAAUAUUCACCAUGUUCAAUUGAAUGUUUUAUAUCAUCAUUAGUAUAUAUCGAUAGACUCACUGACAAAUGUGGUCUAUCGGUUAAUUCAUAUAAUAUUCACAGACUUUUAAUUACUACACUAUUAAUAUCAACAAAAUAUUUAGAUGAUAUUUUUUAUAAUAAUGAAUUUUAUUCACAAGUUGGUGGUGUUGGAUUAAAAGAAAUGAAUACUUUGGAAUUAGAUUUUUUAAAACUUUUAGAAUUUCGUGCAAUUUGCCCAAUUGAUGAUUUUCUUAACUAUCAAAAAGAAGUCGAAAAUGCAAAACAAAGAUUUAUUAAUGGACCAAAUCAUAUUUCAAAUAUUGUUGUAAAUAAAAUCCCAUUACCAUGCAUCAGCUCACCAACUUCCUGUUCACCAAGAAGACAAAAUAUUCCACAUAGUCCACAUAGUCCACAAUCCCAAAUGGUUCCACAAUCCCAAAUGGUUCCACAAUCCCCAAAUGGUAAUAAUAUAAACUCUAAUUCUAAUAAUAAUAAUAAUAAUGAUAAUAAUAAUAUAAAUGAUAAUAAUAAUAUAAAUAAUAAUAAUAAUAUAAAUAAUAAUAUAAAUAAUAAUAUAAACAAUGCCAUUGUACCACAAACAACUAAUAAUGUAACUAAUAAUUCUAAUAAUUUAAACAAUAUAAACUCCAAUAUAAUAAUAAAUACUAAUAUUAGUAAUUCAAACCAUUUAAACACUAAUACAAACCAAAAUCAAAAUAAUAACAAUAAUAAUAAUAUAAAUAAUAAUAAUACAAAUGGUAACAAUAAUAGUAGUUUCUACCAAAGGCGCGGAAGCUGUGAUUAUGAAACUUCAACCCGUCUCCCAUCUGAACAAUCCACAUUUCAUACCAAUUGUGCCGCUUAA